AUGGAUGGUGAAGAUAUACCAGAUUUUUCAAGUUUAAAGGAGGAAAUUGCUUAUUGGAAGGAAUUGUCUUUAAAGUAUAAACAAAGCUUCCAGGAAGCUCGGGAUGAGCUAGUUGAAUUUCAGGAAGGAAGCAGAGAAUUAGAAGCAGAGUUGGAGGCACAAUUAGUACAGGCUGAACAAAGAAAUAGAGACUUGCAAGCUGAUAACCAAAGACUGAAAUAUGAAGUGGAAGCAUUAAAGGAGAAACUAGAGCAUCAAUAUGCACAGAGCUACAAGCAGGUCUCAGUGUUAGAAGAUGAUUUAAGUCAGACUCGAGCCAUUAAGGAGCAGCUGCAUAAGUAUGUGAGAGAGCUGGAGCAGGCCAAUGACGACCUAGAGCGAGCAAAAAGGGCAACAAUAGUUUCACUAGAAGACUUUGAACAAAGGCUAAAUCAAGCUAUUGAACGGAAUGCAUUUUUAGAAAGUGAACUUGAUGAAAAGGAAUCUUUAUUGGUUUCUGUUCAGAGGUUAAAGGAUGAAGCAAGAGAUUUAAGACAAGAACUAGCAGUUCGGGAAAGACAACAGGAAGUAACCAGAAAGUCGGCUCCCAGUUCUCCAACUCUAGAUUGUGAAAAGAUGGAUUCUGCUGUCCAGGCGUCACUUUCUUUGCCAGCAACUCCUGUUGGCAAAGGAACAGAGAACAGUUUUCCUUCACCAAAAGCUAUACCAAACGGUUUUGGUACCAGUCCACUGACUCCUUCAGCUAGGAUAUCAGCACUAAACAUUGUGGGGGAUCUCUUACGGAAAGUAGGGGCUUUAGAAUCUAAAUUAGCAGCUUGCAGGAAUUUUGCAAAGGACCAAGCAUCACGGAAAUCCUAUAUUUCAGGGAAUGUUAACUGCGGGGUGAUGAAUAGCAACGGCACAAAGUUCUCUAGAUCAGGGCAUACGUCUUUCUUCGACAAAGGGGCAGUAAACGGCUUCGACCCAGCUCCUCCUCCCCCCGGUCUGGGCUCCUCGCGCCCCUCGUCGGCACCAGGUAUGCUGCCUCUCAGUGUGUGA